UUCAGCCAAUCAGGAGGAAGGAGGGCUGUUGUCCCCCGCUACUCCUCCUGGGGAGGACUCCUCUCGGUUGCUACGGAAGCCGAACUCAGCCCUUCGAACGAGAGUCAACGGCAUGCCUUGUGCAAAGUUCUUACUACAAAGUACGUGCUAGCAGAAACAUGCAGUCCUCAAAGAAUAAAAAUGUAGACGCUUUCUAUAGGCCAUUAGCUGUUCAGAAGACCAGUGCUGAGAUAAUAAAUGAAGCACGAAACACACUGAGGACAUUAAGAACCCAAAGACCAUUUACACCAAGAGAGGAGCACAGGAAACUUUUUGGAUCUGCCUCUUCAAGAACGCCUGAAAAUAGACCACCUUCUGCAUUUAGUCUCCGUGCUUCCAGUUUUGAAUCUGUUGAGUCAAGGCCUGUCUCUUGUGCACGCCUCAGCCCACUGGACCAUAAGCCAAGGCUGCUUUCAUCACCAACUAGCAAUGAAGAGCAUCCUGUUUCCCUCUCUAAACCACUGGUGGAUUCAGAGAAGAUUAGAAAAGUCAGCAAUGCCCGCUCACGUCUGUUUAGAACAAAUUCUCAUGGAAAUCUCCUUGGUAAGGGACUGAAUUUUGAAGAACAAGCUUCCAUGGGUGAUAUUUCAGGAGGAAGAAAUGAAAAAAUUUCACAGAAACUGACUGUCCAGUUGGGCAUAAAGAAUCCAAGUCUUCAACUAACUUGUAACGAGCAUCAUAACAAGGCAGAAGGAGAACAGGUGUGUUCUAGAACAGCAGACAUGACAUCUGCAUCUCCACUUAUGAGUCAAAGCGACCAGGCUAAGAGACAGGGCAGGCCUUCUUCAUGUCCAGACAAUACUGACUGGAUUAAGUCUGCAACUAAGACAGAGCCUAAUUUGAGAACAAAUGAAACGGAAGAGGAUGAAAACUACUGGAAUAUGAAGAUUUUGCCAGUUUUACAAGAGUUAGAGAAUGAGGACAACGUUGAAAACCUCUGCCAUGCCUGUACCACUCUCUAUCAGGCCUUGGAGAAAGGAAAUAUGCUUGGCAAGCGAUUUAAAAGGCGAACCUUGUUUCUGAAAACUUUAUACAAGUUAGUUGAUGUUGCUUCAGAUCCUCUUGGCCUGAAACUAGCAAAAAUUAUUCUGGGUCUGAAAGUGAGUGGAAAGAAUCUGCUAAAUGUCUGCAAACUGGUAUUUAAAAUAAGCAGAAAUGAAAAAAAUGACUCCCUUAUUCAGAAUGAUGGAAUAUUGGAUUCUCUUCUGGGAGUUCUGAAAGCUGAAGAUUUGCAAGCAAACACUGAAGCCUUUCUCUAUUGUAUGGGUGCUGUAAAAUUCAUUUCUGGAAAUACAAGCCACCUCCAUGAGAUGGUCAGCAAGGGAACUGUUGAAAUACUGGUGCAAUUAAUGAAGCAGAUUAAUGAAAUUAAUGAAAAUGAUGCACGAUUUUCUAGUUCAGGACACCUUUUGGUCCAGUUAACUGCCACUUUGCGAAACUUGGUUGAUUUGCCACAGUCAAGAUGCAAACUCUUGGACAAUGGAGCAGUUCCAGAGCUGUAUCUGAUGCUGGAGAAACGUUUGAGUGACAAGGAUGUAUGUACCAACGUGGCCAGAAUAUUCAGCAAACUUUCGUCCUUUAAUGACUGCUGUACAGCUUUGGCAGAUUGUUCCAGAUGUUACGUUGUAUUUUUAGCCUUGCUAAACAAACACCCAAAGAAGCAGGAUUUAGUUGUCCGUAUCAUUUUCAUUCUUGGCAAUUUAACAGCAAAGAACGAUCAGGCCCGGGAACAGUUUUUUGAAGUGCAAGGAAGCAUUAAUACCCUGGCAGCGCUAUUCCAAACUCAUUGCGAAGCUGACUCUAACCAUAAAUUGUGGAAAGACGAUGGCAACUUAAAAGCCCUCAAGCAUCCCUCUGAAGCAGAAGAUGUCCUCAUCAAACUUAUAAGAGUGAUUGCUAAUUUGUCCAUUCAUCCUAUAGUAGGCUCAGAUCUAGCAACCAACCAUCACAUUGUGGCCUUGCUUAUUACAGUACUAGAAUAUAAAUCGGUCAAUGAAUGUGAGGAGCUGGUUAUUAAUACCACAGCGACAAUCAACAAUUUAUCCUACUACAAAGUGAAGAAUUCUGUCAUUCAGGAGCAGAAAUUAUACAUCGCAGAGCUGCUUUUAAAGUUGUUAAUGAGCAGUAAUAUGGAUGGAAUUCUGGAGGCUAUUCGAGUCUUUGGUAAUCUUUCGCAGUACCAUGAAAUCUGUGAAUUCAUUGUACAGAGAAAAGUGUACAAAUUCAUGAUUGCUUUGCUUGAUGCCAAACAUCAAGAUGUUUGCUUUUCGGCCUGUGGAGUUCUUCUCAACCUUACUGUGGAUAAAAGUAGACGUGGUAUACUGAAUGAAGAUGGUGGAAUCAAAAAGCUGAUUGAUUGUUUAAGAGACUUUGGGCCUACUGACUGGCAGCUGGCUUGUUUGAUAUGCAAAACUCUGUGGAACUACAGUGAGGACAUGACAAGGGCUGUGCCAUGCUUUGAAGAUGACGACUCCAACACUCUGCUACUUCUCCUUGUGUCUUUCUUAGAUGAAGAAUUAGCACUGGAUUACAGUUUUGACAGCGAUUUAAGAGAUUAUCAUAAACUUUAUUGGGAAAUGGAAUUCAAGCCUGUGGCACAGAAGCUUCUUCAAAGAAUUCAAAAGUGAAAUGCCUCCCCUAAGCCAUUACUUCAUUUUAAAGCAAUGCGGUGCUGUACCAACUUCAAGCUGAUCUCCAUGAUCAGGGUGGCUAGAAACACCCGACCUCCUUUAAGUUGAAAACUGGCAUUUUCAUGAGUCUGAACUACAUGCAAACCAUAACUUGCUCACCACUAAACCAGAAUUCCAGUGGACAAGGCCUUGCAUGCUGAGAGGGAGAGGAACCCACUCACUUUUCACAUGACAGUGUAUCAUCUCUAGACAGAAGGAUCUUAGGCAUUCUAGUUAUCUAGAAUGAUUGCUAAAUGAUCUACAAAAAAUAGCUCUAGUCAACAACCAGAAACCUCAGCCUCUGGUUUUUGCUGGAGGUGGAGUAUUUUGUGGAUUUAGAUUUUAUUCUGUUUCUCAACCCAAGUUCCCAAAGUGAAACACAAUAUUGAUAAAAGCAAACCAAUACAUUAGAGAUUUCUACGAUAACCAUCAGCAUCUCUGAUGGAAAAGGCCUGGCUAGCUGCAGCAGAAUGCUUGCAGAGGCACACAGCUUUUGGAAGAGAGGAGCCAGAGUUGGUCUCUAUGACCAGGCUGAUGGAAAGAGCCUGGCUCCCCCAAGACUCCCUAUGUUGCAGCCUUGUUAAGCUUUCAUCGUAACAAUGACAACCCAGAGGGAUUGAUCGUUUCAAACACAACGGUGACCACAUACUCGCACCUAGCCAGGUAUUUGUGUCAAGGGUGAGCAAUUGCCAGUAUUGAAUCUAGUCCAGCAGCUCGGUGUUGGUGUGACAACAACCCAGAUACAGGAGAACCUCAAUAUCUGCAGAUUCAUUAUCUGCAGAUUCACAGUUGGGUAAAAGACACCAGACCUCAGCAUAUGUGGGGUGAGGUGGGGAGGAAAAGAACACAGCAACCUCACAUAUCCGUGGGUUGGGGGUGGCUGGAGGCCAUUUCCGGCUGCUAGUUUGUGUUUCAGAGACUCAGUUGUUGUUUUUUUAAACCCAGCGAUUUUCAGGGCACCAUGCAAGAAAGAAAGAGACAGAGGCUGUGGAGCUGCUACCGUCUAGCUCCUUGUCCCAGCUGAAGAGCCCUCCCUCCCCCAACUGCCACCACAGAGCAGCCAGGGACCAUCUUGCUCCGAGAGGAGGAGAGAGGAAGUGAGACUAAAGCCCAUGCAAAAAUGUAAAUGUGUAGCUUGACAUAUUAUCCUUUUAUUUAAGUUUUUUGUAAACUGCUUUGGGAGGUUUGCCUGAAAAGUGGUAUAUAAAUGCAACACAAACAAACUCAGGGGACCAGCAAAGCAUGGUAGGGAGCUUCCCCCGCCCCCCAAAUUUGGCCAGUUUUCUAACAUUUUUAAUCAUUUCCCCAAUGACCAAUAACCUAACCCCCGCAAUCCCAUAGCCCCAAGUCAUGGGGUUUCCAAAUCCAUGGUUACAGCGGGGAAUGGAACCGCUGCAAAUAUUGAGGUCCUCCUGUUAGGGAUGUGCCCGAAACUGUCCGGAGGCCAUUUUAGAGGCCUCCAAACUGGUUUGGAUGUGGCCCGGUCCAGCGGUUUGGCGCCAGGGGUGAGGGUCUCACUUUAAGGGCGGGGGGGUUAUACUUACCCCUGCCGCCACCUUUCCCCUUCCGUCACUCUGUUUUUAUACAAAGUUUUGGGGGCGGCAGCGUUCCUCCAUGCCACCCCUGCCCCCAUUGUUGGCUGGAAAUAGCGGAAGUACCUGCUGCCGCGCACGCGUCUACCGCUCACAUCAUAUGUUGCAUGCGUACGUCGCAUGCAGGACAUGUGCAUGCAAUGUGUGACUGUGCGGUGGAUGCACGCGCACAGUGGCGGGUGCAUGCGCGGCGGAUACUUCCACUAUUUCCAGCCAACGAUGGGGGCAGGG